AUGCGGUUUGUAUCCUCGGCUCAAGCCACUUCACAAGAACGUCCACACAAGGGUCAGUGGACCUGUAAGUUGUGUACCGGACGAACCUUCAAAGACAUAAUCAAACAUAGCAAGUUGAAAACUCAUAUAGACCGAGUACGAGUCGAGCUUGAAAGGGUCUCUGCCGCUCAGCCUGCCGCGGCACCUCCGGGUUUAUGCUCUCGCAACGCCGUUGAAAGCUUUUCAACAUUGUCAGGCUCGAUGUUUCCUGAGGAGCAAGAUAUACCAGCGGAUAUGCCAGGACGCGAUCACGACAUGGAUCAUCUUGACGAUGGCCUGGGCGAAAGCUCCGAUGAGCUGGCCUCAUUAUACGAUCCAUCACCCCCAAACGUAUUUGAGGUUCAGUCUCAAGACUCCAGAGAGUCCAGUGUGGACAUAGACUCCUUUCUGGACAACUCCGACUCCAAAAGCAAUUCACGGCCAACGGUUGAGCUCGAUUCCGACCUGGCCGCCACAGAUACGUGGCUUCCGUGGUACCCUUUACGAAAGGCAGAGCACGCUGCUGCUCUAUUGAUGUUGGGGACCGGGCGCAACCUGAUGUCUACCGCAGAAUACAAUCACAUCCGCGCUAUUUUGAAGAGAAUUCUCAAAGUGGAUCUGCCUGAUCUGGCGAUCUCAAGGAUCGCCUCGGCCUGCGGGUCUUAG